GAGAGGAUGUCACUGGCGGUCCAAGCGCCUUCCCUACUCUUCUCUCCCAGCACCAGGAGAGAAAACGCGAGUGAUGCCACUGGGGGAAAAUGUCUCUUGCCAACACCCGAAAAAUGUAACCUGGCGUCGGCAGUGUUUUGCUUUGGAAGGGAGGAGAGCGGGUUCCCUUUCUGGCCUCCGGAUCCCUCAUCCGGCAGGAAGCUCUUCCUCCUCCUCCUCGCCCCGGGCAAACGGGGUGAAAGCCAAAGAGCCUCCAAGACCUGAGGCUAGCGCUCCGCCGGCCCGCUGCGCCCUCCACCCAACCAGGCCCCGCCUCCCCGGCUUUCUAGUAACCGGCGCCCUUCCCGGCCGGGGCAGGGAACCGGGCGCCUGCAAAGCCAGGUUACAGCCCAAGGGAGCGGGAGUCUCUUCGAGCGUCCGGGAUCCCCUGGCGCGGCUCUGCGCUGCCUAACGGGGCAAGUCGCAUGCGCACCAAGCUGCGCUGGGGAAAGGGAGAGUAAGGGGAGGGGCGAGCGCAGAGCCUCCGCUGGUUGUCGGAGCCCGCGGGGUCGCCGACGACGCAUGCGCCGGGAGGGGGCGCAAUCACGGACUCGGCCUGCGGCUGCCGGUUUAAAAAAGGAAACCCCGGAGAGCCAGAGCGCGAAGGAAAUCUGGCUGCCGCCGCGAGCGCUCCCGCUGCUGAAGCUCAGAAGCUGAUUGUGUUACACUGUAAGAUGCCUUUGGAUAAUUCUACAGUCCUCUUAGAUGAAUCUUUAGAACUUGGCGAAUUUCACUAGAUACCUUCAAUCAUCAUUUUGAGCUCAAAGAAUUCUGAAACUUAACGGUUGAUCAUAUAGAAGAGUACCUUGAACCUAUAGUUUCCUGAAGAAUCAGUUUAAAAAAUCCAAAGAGUACAAAAGCUAAAGCAAAAGGAUUUUUACAAAAGACAUAACUUCACAAGGACAGAGAAUGGAGAAGAAACAGUAGCAACAAAAUUUGGGACUGAAAAGCAAGAGAGAGCAUAGAGAAGUACAAAUGUCUACCACAAGACGAAAACGUAGUAUGUUAUGUUGUUUACCGUAAGCUGUGGUAAAAUGAGCUCGAUUGUUGACAGAGAUGACAGUAGUAUUUUUGAUGGGUUGGUGGAAGAAGAUGACAAGGACAAAGCAAAAAGAGUAUCUAGAAACAAAUCUGAAAAGAAACGUAGAGAUCAAUUUAAUGUUCUCAUUAAAGAACUGGGAUCCAUGCUUCCUGGUAAUGCUAGAAAGAUGGACAAAUCUACUGUUCUGCAGAAAAGCAUUGAUUUUUUACGAAAACAUAAAGAAAUCACUGCACAGUCAGAUGCUAGUGAAAUUCGACAGGACUGGAAACCUACAUUCCUUAGUAAUGAAGAGUUUACACAAUUAAUGUUAGAGGCUCUUGAUGGUUUUUUUUUAGCAAUCAUGACAGAUGGAAGCAUAAUAUAUGUGUCCGAGAGUGUAACUUCAUUACUUGAACAUUUACCAUCUGAUCUUGUGGAUCAAAGUAUAUUUAAUUUUAUCCCAGAAGGGGAACAUUCAGAGGUUUAUAAAAUACUCUCUACUCAUCUGCUGGAAAGUGAUUCAUUAACCCCAGAAUAUUUAAAAUCAAAAAAUCAAUUAGAGUUCUGUUGUCAUAUGCUCCGAGGAACAAUAGACCCGAAGGAGCUAUCUACCUAUGAAUAUGUAAAAUUUAUAGGAAAUUUCAAAUCUUUAAACAGUGUAUCCUCUUCAGCACACAAUGGUUUUGAAGGAACUAUACAACGCACACAUAGGCCAUCUUACGAAGAUAGAGUUUGUUUUGUAGCUACCGUCAGGUUAGCUACACCGCAGUUCAUUAAGGAAAUGUGCACUGUUGAAGAACCCAAUGAAGAGUUUACAUCUAGACAUAGUUUAGAAUGGAAGUUUCUGUUUCUAGAUCACAGGGCACCACCCAUAAUAGGAUAUUUGCCAUUUGAAGUUCUAGGAACAUCAGGCUAUGAUUACUAUCAUGUGGAUGACCUAGAAAAUUUGGCAAAAUGUCAUGAGCACUUAAUGCAAUAUGGGAAAGGCAAAUCAUGUUAUUAUAGAUUCCUGACUAAAGGGCAACAGUGGAUUUGGCUUCAAACUCAUUAUUAUAUCACUUAUCAUCAGUGGAAUUCAAGGCCAGAGUUUAUUGUUUGUACUCACACUGUAGUAAGUUAUGCAGAAGUUAGGGCUGAAAGACGACGAGAACUUGGCAUUGAAGAGUCUCUUCCUGAGGCAGCUGCUGACAAAAGCCAAGAUUCUGGGUCAGAUAAUCGUAUAAACACAGUCAGUCUGAAGGAAGCAUUGGAAAGGUUUGAUCACAGCCCAACCCCUUCUGCUUCUUCUCGAAGUUCAAGAAAAUCAUCUCACACAGCAGUCUCAGACCCUUCCUCAACACCAACCAAGAUCCCGACAGAUACGAGCACUCCACCCAGGCAGCAUUUACCAGCUCAUGAGAAGAUGAUGCAAAGAAGGUCAUCAUUUAGUAGUCAGUCCAUAAAUUCCCAGUCUGUUGGUUCAUCAUUAACACAGCCAGUGAUGUCUCAAGCUACAAAUUUACCAAUUCCACAAGGCAUGUCCCAGUUUCAGUUUUCAGCUCAAUUAGGAGCCAUGCAGCAUUUGAAAGACCAGCUGGAACAACGGACACGCAUGAUAGAAGCAAAUAUUCAUCGGCAACAAGAAGAACUAAGGAAAAUUCAAGAACAACUUCAGAUGGUCCAUGGUCAGGGGCUCCAGAUGUUUUUGCAACAGUCAAAUCCUGGGUUGAAUUUUGGUUCUGUUCAACUUUCUUCUGGAAAUUCAUCUAACAUCCAGCAACUUGCACCUAUAAAUAUGCAAGGCCAGGUUGUUCCUUCUAACCAGAUUCAAAGUGGAAUGAAUACUGGACAUAUUGGCACAACUCAGCACAUGAUACAACAACAGACUUUGCAGAGUACAUCAACUCAGAGUCAACAAAAUGUCCUAGGUGGGCAUAGUCAGCAAACAUCUCUACCCAGUCAGACACAGAGCACUCUUACAGCCCCACUGUAUAACACUAUGGUGAUUUCUCAGCCUGCCGCCGGAAGCAUGGUCCAGAUUCCAUCUAGUAUGCCACAAAACAGCACCCAGAGUGCUGCCGUAACUACGUUCACUCAGGACAGGCAGAUAAGAUUUUCUCAAGGUCAACAACUUGUGACCAAAUUAGUGACUGCUCCUGUAGCUUGUGGGGCAGUCAUGGUACCUAGUACUAUGCUCAUGGGCCAGGUGGUGACUGCAUAUCCUACUUUUGCUACACAACAGCAACAGUCACAGACAUUGUCAGUAACACAGCAGCAGCAGCAGCAGCAGCAGCAGCAGAGCUCCCAGGAGCAGCAGCUCACUUCAGUUCAGCAACCAUCUCAGGCUCAGCUGACCCAGCCACCGCAACAGUUUUUACAGACUUCUAGGUUGCUCCAUGGGAAUCCCUCAACUCAGCUCAUCCUCUCUGCUGCAUUUCCUCUACAACAGAGCACCUUCCCUCAGUCACAUCACCAGCAACAUCAGUCUCAGCAACAGCAGCAACUCAGCCGGCACAGGACUGACAGCUUGCCCGACCCUUCCAAGGUUCAACCACAGUAGCACGUGCUUCCUCUCUGACAUCAAGGGAGGAAAGGGAUGGCCCAUUAAGAAUUACUCAAAUGACCUGAGGAAAAAGAGGAAAAGUUCCAGCAGUUUCAUGAGAUGCAGUAUUGAGUGUUCUAGUUCCUGGAAUUAGUUGGCAGAGAAAUGCUGCCUAGUGCUACAGAUGUACAUUAAAUACCAGCCAGCAGGAGGUAAUCAUAGGGGCAUAGCCAAUUCUGACACUGUUUUAGUUGCCUGGAUUUUUUUUGAUGGAAAAAGAAUAUAUUGCCAAAUGUUAAGCUCAGCUAUGAAAUGACCUCCAGUGAAUCAGAAAGGCACUAAUAAUGUUAGUAACUUUUAGUGGUUCUGUGCCUCUUAUCAAAUGUUAGAGAGGACAUACCACUGCCAUGUCAGGGGUUUGCUUACAAUGAUGCCAUGAAGACAGUCCAGUAGACUUGGUAGCUACCCCCUCCCCCUUUUCAGAUAAUGAUGGAACAGUAAUUACUUUCAGAAUGUUGUAUAGGUAAAUUCUCUAUGUACAGAUGAUGUAAAAAUAUGUGUAUGUCUGGAUAAAAGGAGAGAAAGCAAAACAUUUUGUAUGCUGCAUGAAAGUGUUAUCUCUUCCUUACAGGUAUGAGCACCUUUCCUGAGAUUCUGACACCAUGUGCAAACUGAUCCAUCCUCUGUUUUUCCUUUUGUUUACAACACAGUAGUGUUCUAUUCACUUUUCCGGGGCACAAGUUUUUUUGUUCAUACUUUGGCUGUGAUGUCACAGUUUGUUCAGUGAGGUAUGAUGUGCUGCUGGGAAUGGAUUUUUUUUUUCAGGUUAAAUUAUUGAUACAACAGGAUUUUCAAGUUAUUCAGAAAUAUCCCUCAUUUCAUUAUUUUUCAAUUAUGUUUGAAAAUAGGAUUUGCACUGCUUUAUUUUAGGUGGUUGGGAGUCUUGAUUGCAUAUUUUGAUAUAGUUCAUAGUUGGAAAUAUUUGUGUAAAUGGUUUUCAACAAGCCUGAAAGUAAUUUCAAGAAUGUUUCAGUUAUAGAGGUAAAAUUUGCACACAAAACAUCUUAGGCACUUUUUAACAUUCUCAAUCAUGGGAAUUUUAACUUUUGGGAUUUGUUGAAAUCUUUUUUAUUAUCCUUCACAAUUUCAAUGCUUCUUUUAGUCAGAAAUGAUUCAGGGUUAUUUGAGGGGAAAACACCCCAUAGUGCCUUGAUUUUAAUUCAGGUGAUAACUCACCAUCUUGAACUCAUUGUCUGGUUUCUGUAGCAGUUUUGAAACCUUAGUACAUUUUUAACAGCAUGUGGGUGUCAGUGUCAUUAUUAUUCUCCUAGUAAGUUCCUUUGAAGACUGCUAUCAGUCUCUUGGACUGGAGGUACAAAUAAUUUAGAAAUAAAAGAUGACAACCUAACACUAUCAAUAGUUAUUAAUGUGAUCUUAAAAUUGUUUCCUAAAUCAGCAUUUUUCUUUAAAGUUAAAUAGUCAUUUAAGAAUUGCCGGUAAAUAUUUGCUCAGUAUGAUCUUGAUAUUCCUACAAAGAAAAAAGAAGGGGUAGAUUUGGCUAUGCUUUCACUACCACACUAGAAUAUUGUAACUCACAUGCCUUCUAAACGUGAACUAAGAUUUCCUUUGGCAAUAUCAUAUUCUAAAAGUAAUAAAUUCUAAUACCAGUUACAUACAUUUUAAAAAGCAUUUUAUAGAUUUUAUGGUUCUAAUAAAAUUUAUAGUGAUAGAACAAAAAAUUAGUAGAAAAUACCUUAUUAGAAUAUAAAAAGUUAUUACUGAGGAAAGGAAGGACAAGUGUAAUAAAUCAAAAUUGAUCUCAAAAGAAAAUGUGUAACAGAGUUGAGGUUGUUCAACAGAAAAGGUUCUGAAUAAUGAAAAUAAUCUAAUGCAGAAUUGCUAGGUAAAGAGGUCAGGGGAACACAAAGCCAGUUCGCAAGACUUCUCUGUCCUCUGCUGUUAUCCUUAAGGCAUACACUUUGUCUUUCUGCAAAAAAUUCUACCUGGCCACAAUUAAUUUGAACAUUAAUGUUGAAAAAGAAAACAAAGAAAAUUGCUACUUACCCUUCUACAAAAGAAGUGUGAAUAGAUACCAAUUAGUAAUCAACAUAUCAAGGAGCUCUUCUAGCUAAUUGACCAUCCAAUAGAGAUUUCCGACAUUCCCAUGAAUAUCAAGAAUAGUUGUCAGAAAAUGUAUAUACGUGACCAUAUGCACAUAUAGACAAGGUGGAUGUUGUAGGAUAUGGCAAUAGGGUUGUUUCUCUCCCCUUUCAAAUUGCCUUUCUUAACCUUAAGCCAUUCCAUAUAUAUCUGAGUUGUGCCUCAUUUGUUAAUUGGCAAUACCUAGUGAUAGGGAUUUAGCUAACAAAAGAUAUUAAAAACAAUUAUAUUAAGGCCUAUCCUCUACAUAUUGUACUUAAAAAAACUGUGAGUACUACAUAGUUAGGUUGGCAGCAGCAAAGCAUAAGUAAGACAAGCCCCAGGUAAACAUAGAAACUGUUUACUCACAUUGUCCUACUCCAGCCCCUUCAAGUAUUUCCCAUCUCCACAAAUAGUUGGGCGGGGGGGAUUACAUUUUUCCUUUAUAAUUCUUAUUGCUCUUCAUAGCUCAUCUUUUUUACUGCUUGGAAUUAACCAUUGCUAAUUUAAAGGAGCAGCUAGCUGCUUUUCUGUCAGUCUGAAAUGGUGGAAAGCAGCCUCUUAAAUGCUGUUUGUUUUCCUCCUUCUUCUCUUAAAUUUGGGUUGCAAAGCUAUCCCACCCACCCCCCACCUCACGAAACUUGAGCAUUCAAGUGAAGAUUCAGCAGUGUCUGUUCUUCAUUCAUGUCUAUAGCCAAAGCUGUAAGUUAAAAUCCAUAAUCUGUGAUUUAAAGAUACCAAAUAGAAACACCUUCCAGCUUCUUUAAAAAAAAUCUUCCCUCUGUGUUACUCUCAGAUAUUCAUUUUUCUUAAAAACAUUGAUUCUGGGUGGUACUUUUUAGGUAAGAAACCAUUGAGGCUCAUGAAAAAUGCUAGCUACUCUGCAGUUACCAUGCUUUGGACUUGGAGUUAUCAUGGUACUGGAGUCAGUAUUGCUUAACAAAUGUGAGAAGAACCCAGACACUUGAAAAGUAUCCAUUUUUUGAAUGGAACAUAUUGGAGGAACAAGUGUGGGAGAUGCAGGUAGCAUGUUGAGUAAAUAGUGUGGUCUGGCCUCCGAGCAUCCCAAAUUUUGGGGGUAACUUGAGAGUGCUGUGCUCUCCUUUGUCAUUUGUAUCUGGCUUAGGAAUGUAUUAGUAAUAAAAAGAUGCCAGUGAUUUUGAAUAGUUCGUUAUGGAAUAUUCAGUGCAGAAUAGUGAAAAUGUUUGGAUUCUUCAGGAGUGCUAUAGUUGUUGGUCAUUGCCUUAAAGCAGUCUGCUUGACGUUAGGAGCACUGCUGCAGCAGUCCAGCUCUAUCAAGAGCACUUUGUUUAAGGGAGAAGAAGCCUUGUUCAAGAAGCCUUAGAAAGGGAUCCUUAUAAAAUAGUAAGUACUCUGCGCAGACAAGUGAAAAUUCUUUUAAACUGGGUAUUACUCAACAUGUUUUAAAAUGUUUCCACUAUAUUGAGGCAAUCUUUUUAAAAGUGGAAUGCAAAUAGCAUUUUACUUUAGUAUUUCUUUUUUCUGUUUCUUUGGUAAUAGAAAGUUUGUUGAAGAAUAUUUGUGUAAAACUCAUUCAAGUCUAUAACCUUUCCAAUUACCUGUGGCCCUGUCUGAAUCCCACAGGAGUCCCUGUUGGAAGGGGUUAACACUGGAUAUUAAUGUUGCUGAGUGAAUAUUGCCAGGAGUAAGCUGAUUGGGAUUUUUGAAUGGUAGAGAAGAAACAGCACAAGGCACUUGCCAUUUUAAGUGUUUGGAGAGAGAGAACCUUUUAAGUUUGGAUUGGGUGAGCAUUCUUCUAAAAGGAGCUUCUGAAGUAAUUGCAAAGGAAUAGAAUCGACUAUUUUUAUAGUAUAUUUAAUAUAUUUGUAUAUAACUGAGUAUAAUAGGAACCCUCUACAUGCCUCCCACUUUUCUAAUUUACUUCCCCUUUUGCCAUAGCACUAGUAUAGCCUCAUCCGCAUGGGUAAUGUGCCUAUCGUCAGCCUACCAAAAGAUAGUGCUGCUGCUUUAUGAGACAGGUGAGAAGAUCCAACUCUCAUGCCUGGGGAUCCUUUACAAAAAGAAUAGCACACACCUUUAAAACAAACAUACCACAGUCUAAAAGCAUCAUUUUGAAAUAUAACAAGCACUUUAUUCCAAUUACUCAUUUUGAUAAAGUUCUUAGGCGUUAACCAUUUCUAAAGGAUCCCCAAAUCAUCACUUAGGUGAAAUUAUAUAAAAUGACACAUUUCUGAGAAAUGUUUAGAUCCGGUGAACCGUAGUUGGUUUAUGGGAGUGAUUUCAAGACAGCCAAAUGAACUUUGACUUUUGUUUUGAAUGUGGUGGAGUCAGGAGAUUGUAGAUGCCUAGUUUGAUUUAAACACUAUUGUAAACCUAUCUUGCCUAUUGUGUGGACACCAAAAGAGACCAAUGAGCCUGUUUAAUUUUCAGAGGUCUAGGAAAAUUGCAUCCGUGUGAGUAGAUGUACAGAACUAAUCUAAAAGUGACUGCUAGUAAUAUUUUAGAAUAAUUUCAAGAAUUAUUCUGAGUGUUUUAAAUGUGCCCUGAAAUGUUAGCAUGUCAUUUCAGCAUUUCCAUUUGAAUUGCUCUUGUACUAUUUUUGCACAAAAAGGACUGAGAAAAAGACUACUUGGUCAAGGGAAAAAAAGAGUAUAAUUUGAUUUUUAAUUUUAAUGUCUCCUGUGGAAACACUGGGGAUGAAUUUUGUUGGUACAGUUAUUCAGGAUAUUUAAAACAGUGUUGAACAGUUCACAAGAAAUUAAACAAACUUGGAUUUUAAAAAUUAAAAUACUUUCUUUCCAUGUGACUGUUUUGCAUAGUUUUCCCCUAUGUCAUAACACUACAUUCCUUUUUUUUCUUAAAUAAAAUACUUCACAGGUUUUGUUGUGAGUGUUCAGCAGUAUUUUAUAAGCUGCUUGGGUUUCCUCAGGGAAACAUUAUUUAGUGGAAUAGGAUAUAAUUUAUGGAGACUAUUAUGUGAAAUUCCAUCACCACCACCAGCAAACACUGAGGUGCUGCAUUAAGUGACAAUCAAACUAGUAAGUAUUUAUGAAGGAAUUUAGAAAGGGGUUCAAAGAAGUAUUUGCUUUGAAAGCAGUUCUCUGGGGUUCUUGAAUAAAAAUGGCUAAAUGUAUUUAUUUAUAUUUUAAAAUGUGUGUUGUUUUCUCAUCAAAGUGAUUUCAGUGUCAUGUAUUUAAUUUGUGGUUCGUUUUGUUUUUCACCAUAAUCUACUUAGAGAACUGAGUCUGAUUUGAGGUACAGUAAGUCACUAGCCCUCAUGAUAAUCUUUUUGGACAGUUUGAAUCUGCUUUACUUCAGGACAGCAGUGGAGGGCCCAACUCCAGAUGCCCCUGCACUUCCCUCCUGUCUUGAAGUCAUGUAAGAAAUAAAUUUAAAAAUACUCCUUUUAAAUCUGCUUCAUAUGGUUCCAACCUUUUUCUAGUUUCACUUGCUGCCUUCUCUGUUUUAUGGGCACUUUUUGUAUGAUUACUUCCCCAACACAGCCAAAGGCCAGUAUGAUGGACACACAGUCCCUCUAUUUUGCCCAUUUGGGAAAACAUUAGUAAAAGAAAUAGCAUCUUUAAAUGGCUGUCAUUAUUAUAUCCAUAUUAAAAUCCAUUUAAAGUUCUUAAAGUUGGUGGAAUAAUGUAUACAGACUGAAAACUGCUACAAAAAAUGUUUGUUGUCUUUAAUAUAGUGUCAUGUUGCUUGGUCCUUGGAAAACAAAAUAAAAUUUUCAUACGCAGCACUGCCAGAUAAAGCAGUGCUGGAAUAUUGGAAGCCUAGACAUUUUGAGGAUCCUUCUUACUCACAUGCAUUGGAACAGAAUCCUCCACUUUAGGACUCAGAGAAGCUAUGGAGCCCCACAGGCCAGGUACAGCACACAACGUAGAGAAUGGUAAUUAAAGCACGUCAACCACAAUUGAAUUUAAUGAUCUAAAAAAUAUUUCUUAACUCUGAGGGUUAAACUGAAAAUAGUGUUUUCAAAUAAAUGCUUUUAAAUUUCUUAGAAAACAAACUGUGACAUCGCUUUUAAAAGUGACAUUCAGGUGUUUAUAAUGUGUGUUUUUGAGUUGGCUUGGACUAGUACAAGUUCACUUCUGGCAAUGAUUGUGCCAGUGCUAAAAAGUUAAAGUAAGUGGUUACCUUCAGAUUGAUGUCUUGUAUAACCAAUCAUCUUCAAGCAAAAAAACUGGCCAGGAAAUGUCUUUUUUUUAAAAAAAAAGAUAUGUCAGCCAGAGCAACUAUCGUUUAGACCAUUCUAGAAUGAUUUUGAAAUCUUUACUAUGGUAUAAGUUGGGGAAGGCCUCAGUAUGGCACUUUCAUAUUCACUCUAUGUAAAGAUUGAAGCCCAAAGAUGAGUUAAAUUCAGUGCUGUAUUAUUGAAACCAGUCAGUGCAAAAAAACACAAAAACUUUUAUCUUUGUAAACUUUUCAUUGUUAACCUCAGUUGGUAGUUGUAAAAAACAUGCACCAAAAUCUUUAUAAUGUUCUGUGUGGUUCUCAAUGUGAUAUUCUUGACAUUGCUGUCCUUACUGCUUGGUUCUUGGUUUUAAAUUAAAAAGUAGAUGUAGCCCAUCAUUUCUACUUCCAAAACGGUGGAGCUAAAAAUGGCUAAUUGAUCUUGAAAGAAUAACUUUUACUUAGAAAAACAUUUAAUUGAAAUCCAAACUGAUUUACAGAGAUUGAAACGGACAUUUUCCAGGUGUUGUCUUCUGCCAGAAUUCUAAAUUGCAUAGACACAUGAGGGAUAUUGAAUGGUUUCAACGGUGCUAUAUUAGGUUCUCUGAUUUUCAUGACCUAUGUAUGUUUGGAAAUACAGUAUUGUAUAAAAUAUGUGGAUUGUUUUGUUACCGAUUUAAUAUUGCCACUUUAAUUUGGUGUAACAAUUGGUUACACUUGUUUUUCAAAGCAAUCCUUUGAGGAGAAAGUCAAAAUGUGUCGUUAGCCUACCUCCACUCAGGCCUCUUGCUGUGUAAUCAUUAUUCCAGGUUAUGAUGUGCAUAGCUUUUAAAACUGCGUGUACUAUAUUAUUCUGCUCUUUCCCAUACUCUUGUCAUGUAUUCAGAACCUAAAAUUAUAGCAGAAGAGCCAAGCAGUAGCAGUUUUUUUUGUAAAUUUAAAAAUAAUUAGAUCCAGACUUUGUUUCCUUCUUCAAUUUUAAAAAUAAAAAAUACCUCAGUGCUGUGUUUUUCAGUAUCACCUGCAUUUCUCAAAAAAUAACACCUGCUUCAUGUGGCACAUUACUUGUAAGAAUCACAUUUUGGAUUUUAAAGAAAGACUAUUAAAUAUUUUAAGAUCACUAUCAA